AUGACACCAUCUGGCCUGUUGAUAUUCAGUUCGUUGCUCACUAGGACGCUAUGUGUCAUCGCACCUCAAAUACCAGAUUUCAAGACCGGUGACAGAAAAGUCAUAAAUACUCCAUUCUGGCACGAAGUUUUUACGGAAGUGUACGAAGAGCAAGAGGAAGAAGCAACCACUACGUCAGAACCUCUGCCAUUCUUUGAAGAUGAUGCGUCCACUAAUAACGUGACAGCUCAGAUGGGAAGCAGAGUCCACUUGCAUUGUCGUGUCCAUGAUUUGGGUGAAAAAACGAUAUCCUGGGUUAAACGUCGGGGAGAAGAUCUUCAUCUACUUUCGUUUGGUCGCCACACAUAUUCUGCAGAUUCAAGAUAUUCCUUGGCGUUUGAGCAUCCUAAUGAUUGGCGGUUGCUUAUUCAGUAUGUGAGUGAAAGAGAUGAAGGUUACUAUGAGUGCCAGAUAUCUACACACCCACCUCUAGUUAGAAGAGUUCACCUCACAGUUGUCGUACCCAAAGUUGAAAUAAUAGACGAAAGAGGUCGACCACUUCAUGACAAAUUCUACAAAGAAGGUUCUAUAAUAGAGCUUAGGUGUAUUGUCAGCGAAGUACCUCAACCCGCGCGGCAAGUUAGUUGGAAACACGGUGGAAGACUUUUGAAUUAUGAUACCAAAAGAGGGGGAGUAAGUGUGAAGACAGAAGCAACAUCAAAUGGUGCGUUGUCUCGUCUGUACAUCGCGAACGCAGUCAGAAACGAUUCUGGUAACUAUACCUGCUCGUUGGCUGAUGUCGCAGCCUCUGCUGUCUCAGUUCAUGUUUUGAGGGGUGAAAACCCGCUCGCAAUGCAGCGAGGAGGUGCCUCUGUACUUCACCCCACACUGGUUUUGUUAAGUUGUUACGUUAGCUGACAUUUAGUCAGCGCGUUAUAAUCGCGCUCAAUGUAAAAUACAUUAUAAAGUUCGUGGAAGUUUUGCAAAUAUACUAGAUAAGUAAAGAAAAGAUGUAAAUACUAAAAAUAAAGUUUAUAUAAUAUUAUCACCUAAUGUAACUAAAAUGAACAAUGUGAAAAUGAAGUUGAAAUAACUUCCCUCCAUGUUAGUAUUUGUUGCAAUUCCAACACACUCUUGUAUUUCUUCAGGCUUUGUUCCCAGUUCCUGCUCACAUUGUUUUCUUAAGAACAAAGUGGAUAAAUUUCAAAGCGUCGUCUAAGUGCAACUGUUUACGAGUUGACUUACUUUUACCUCGAAUUAACUUUGCAUUUUUGUAGCAAAUUGAAUUUCUUCUGACCCACAUUACCAAGGUAACGAGAAAUAAUAUAUAAUUUAUUUUAUUGCAAAGUAAAAUAACUAUUCUGUCACCACAGCGAAUUUUUGAGAUGACGAGACAAAG